UGUUUUUAGGUAGGCUAUUAAACUCCAAAAGGUUCAGAAAUGAAUAUCCUUAGGCGUUACCCUUCACUGUUAAUUAGCUGGGCUAUUAUUCGAAGAGGGUGGUGGUAUUUUAACUGCUUUGUUCAUGUGGAAGCUUCAGGCCUGGCACACAAAUGCUGGUAUGUCUCAGGGACCGAAGGGCCCUUUGAAGUUCCUGGUGAAGUCACUCUCCUUGACAUUUGGAGAGAAAGAGCCCAGAGGGGAAUGGACUAGUCCAAGAUCACACAGGGACCGUGUGGCCGAGCCGGGAGCAGCACCCAACAGAAACGGGAGCCGAGGCUGUGCCAGAGCCAACACCCAGCAGCCGGGACUGUUUUGCUCUCUUGCUUUUGCAAGAGCCCUGAGGUGGCUAAUUGUUAGUCUCUGGUUAUAAAGGAGGAAAGCAGGCUCAGAGAGGCAAGUCGCACAGCUGCUAAGCUCCAGUCUUGAAACGCAAUUUUCACGUGAAAAUGGGGGCCUGGCUUCUGAACUAGUCCGCUCAGGAUAAGGGACGAGAGCCAGUCAAGUUGGUCUGAUAUCCAUCAACCAGGUCCUGGACACCUGGUCUCAGCCCAACUUUGCCUGCCUUGCUGAGUGGUCUUGGCUCCCUUCCCAGCCCACCGCCAUGGCCACCAUGGUGGCCCAGAAGCUUAGCCACCUCCUGCCCCGCUUGCGGCAGGCCCGCCAGCAGCCCCAGCCGCCCGGGCAGCCGGAGCCCGUCUUCACCGUGGACCGGGCCAAGGUGCCGCCCCUCUACUGGAAGCCGUACAUCUACGUGGGCUACCGGCCGCUGCACCAGACCUGGCGCUUCUACUUCCGCACGCUGUUCCAGCAGCACAACGAGGCGGUGAACGUCUGGACCCACCUGCUGGCCGCCCUGGUGCUGCUGCUGCGGCUGGCCGUCUUCCUGGGCACCGUGGACUUCUGGGGAGACCCCCACGCCCUGCCCCUCUUCAUCAUCGUCCUCGCCUCCUUCACCUACCUCUCCCUCAGCGCCCUGGCGCACCUCCUGCAGGCCAAGUCCGAGUUCUGGCACUACAGCUUCUUCUUCCUGGACUACGUGGGCGUGGCCGUGUACCAGUUCGGCAGCGCCCUGGCACACUUCUACUACGCCAUCGAGCCCGCCUGGCACGCCCAGGUGCAGGCCAUCUUCCUGCCCAUGGCCGCCUUCCUCGCCUGGCUCUCCUGCACCGGCUCCUGCUACAACAAGUACAUCCAGAAGCCCGGCCUGCUGGGCCGCACGUGCCAGGAGGUGCCCUCGGCGCUGGCCUACGCGCUGGACAUCAGCCCGGUGGCGCACCGCAUCCUGGUGUCCCCCAACCCGGCCACCGAUGACCUCGCUCUUCUCUACCACAAGUGCCAGGUGGUCUUCUUCCUGCUGGCCGCGGCUUUCUUCUCGGCCCUCAUGCCCGAGCGCUGGUUCCCCGGCAGCUGCCACCUCUUUGGGCAGGGCCACCAGCUCUUCCACGUCUUCCUGGUGUUCUGCACCCUGGCUCAGCUGGAGGCCGUGGCGCUGGACUACGAGGCCCGGCGGCCCAUCUACGAGCCGCUGCACACCCGCUGGCCCCACAACUUCUCCGGCCUCUUCCUGCUCACCGUGGGCAGCAGCGUCCUCACCGCGUUCCUCCUGAGCCAGCUGGUGCGGCGCAAGCUCGAUCAGAAGACCCAGUGAGGGGAGGUGGCAGCUGGUCGGGAGGGAGGGAGAGUUGGGAGCCCAGGGGUCCGGGCUCGGCUCCAUCUAGGGGGAACAAGGCCUGGUAAAGUUGUUUGUGUCUGCACUGCCGUGUCUCUGUGCGCACACCUCAGCUACCAAGGGUGUAGGCACUGGGAUUGGCUUGGAGCUCUGGGGUCCGCUCCUGGGCCUGCCCUGACUCCCUGACUUGGGAGAGGGAAAGAGAUAAAGAUGUGGCUACCCUGGUUCGCCUCCCCACAUUGCCUCUCGCUGCAGGUGAGGAUGGGGGGUUGAGGGGGUGCCAGCUGGGGCCAGGACUUCCAGGUUAUCUAGAGGGGCUGAAGGUGGAAUUUAGGCCAGAGUUAGACUUGAGCUGAGAGGCAGAGGAGGCCUCAGCGAAUCCCUUGUGUCCGAUCUCAUUGGUGGGUGGGGAAGGGGCAGGACCAAAGUGUGUGCAGGAUCCGACCAUUGUCCGAACCCCAGCCCGGAGUUUUGGAGCUUCGGAGUCCCCAAAGGUGAAGACUGUGCUAGGUGCAGGUGGAUCCCACCCGGUGCCCCAUGUCCCUCAGCCACUGUCCCCUGCAGCGAGCUCACCUCCUAGCGUUGGCCUCCAUGUUCCAAACGUCCUGUUCCCAGCUGGUCUCCACUGGUCUCCAUGGGGCUCUCCGGACCAGUGUAGGAUCAGAGACUUUAACAUUGGGAUGAACUGUCAGGGUAAGCACCGAGGAGGGAGUAAUGGGUGUGGCCUGGGGCCCUCGGGGUUUUGGGUUGGGAAGGGCGAAUGGGAGUUUUCGGAUGGAGAAGAGGAAAGAUGUUCCAGGCAGAGGGGAAAACCUGCACAAAGACCCCGGGGUACGGAAGGCGUUCCGGGGGCUGGAGCGAGGGGUGGUCCGGACUUGGCGAUGCCCCGGGUGCAAUAAAGUUACUGUGAUAACA